CAGAGCUGGCAUGUGUCAUGGGAACUGAAGAGGCAAAGGAUCCAUUGAAAGGGGUUGAUUGGAAAACCAUUGGUGGUGCAUUGCAGAAAGACCCCAGUGCAGGUGGUAAACCGAUUAUAAGGAAGCGGCUUCCCAAAAAGAUUAGGGAAAUUCCUGAUUUUUAUUUUCUUCCUCGAAGAUCCCUACACUAUAACAUUGCCUUCUGUGGAGCAUGUAUCGCUGGUGGAGUUGGUGCUGGGAUGCUGUCAGAGAUAUGGAUAAACAAGAAAGUUAGAGAGGAUGGAGGUAUCAUUUGGGAGUUUGACAAAUAGAAGCCUGGUUGCGGUUUUUUAUUAAAGAACUUUCCUUCUUGGAAUUUACAUAUUUUCUGGAAGCAUGUAUGCUUGAUUUGAAGGUUUAAAAGAAUCUGAAGACAUCCUCAUUGCCCAGUGUU